AUGGAGGAACAGACAUACCCUGUCGAAGACCUAUCGGCAUUGCAGGAUCAGGUCAGACAGUUCCUCAAGGAUAAUAAUAAUAGGAUAGUUAAAGAUGGUGAUGUUAUCUAUGACAAUGAAGAUGAUAAUGUUGAUGCUGAUGAUGAUGUUGUUGUCCAACAACAACAAGUAUUAGACACUUCAUUAUCAUCGGAGGACAACAAUAACAACAAUACGACCGAUGAUGAUAUUGCUCAACUCAGUAAAAGGAGUAAUAGACGCAAGUUUGUAAUGCCAAUACAGAUAAGUGGUGGUAGUGGUCAUGGCAGUAUCGGUGCAGAGUUGUCCACUAUGAACACUUCAUCGUCUUCAGGCAAGUCAUCACUGUCUGGCGGCAGUAAUAUAUCACCUAGAUCAGCUGCCUCACCCAACAGCAAGACACCACCCACAUCUUCCUAUCCCAUGUCACCUGGCUCGCCCUCGCCUGCCGCUUUCAACUCACCAUCCUCAACCGGACACUCAAUACAUCACUUCAACAUCCACUCACCCGGUCUAAUGCCACUUGAUGAUCUAAAGGGUACACUUGGUCAAUAUCAACUAUUACAUCACAUUGGUAAUGGAUACCUUGGUAAUACAUUCUCGGCAAUACCUCCAGACUCUUCAGAGGAAUAUGAGAUAUUGCGCUCGUUGGCAAUCAAUCAGAACAUUGUAAACUAUACAGGUCUGGUGACGGAUCAACAUAACCGCGUGGCAAUCGUUCAGGAGUUUGUAGACAAUGGAUCAUUCGCCGAUAUCUACAAACGAUUGGGUCCAUUCCCCGAAGCCAUCCUUGCGCGCUACGUCACACAGGUUCUCGAGACAUUGCACUACCUACAUCAACAAGAGAUUAUCCAUCGUAAUCUAAAGGCCAACAACCUGUUGCUGGCCAGAGGUGGAAGAUGCAAGCUGUCAGACUUUGGAGUAGGAUGCACACUGGGCAACUCUUACCGAACGGCGCUGUUGGGUGAGCCAUACUGGAUGGCGCCAGAGCUAUUGAUGAUGCGAGACUUUAAUAGCAAGAUUGAUAUUUGGUCGUUGGGAUGCACAGUGAUCGAGUUGCUGACUGGCAAGCCACCAUUCUACAACCUGUCACCAAUGGAGGCGUUGGUGAAUAUCGUUGAUGAACGCAAGCCGAUCGACCUGCCCAAGGACAUCAGUAAGGAGUUGACCAGUUUCCUUCAGAGUUGUCUAGUGCGAGUACCAUCUCAAAGAUCAUCAGCUGAGCAAUUGAUCAAACAUCCAUGGUUGGUAGCAGCAGCAUCAGCCAACUCAUCGUCUACAGACUCAUUCCUUGCGAUGAUGGGACAGACUCCAAUGGCCAAGCCAGUCGGUGCCACUGCCGCCGCCACCAGCAGCUUCAACCUCAGCUCAGACGCUAUCAAGCCACGCUCAGAGAACUUCUCAGUGGACCUGUUCUCUCAGAUUGAAAAGAAUGAACAGGACAUUGGAGCAAUGACACCAAUGCCCAAUAACAUUGUCAAUGCUCAGUCGAUCGAGGUACAGCACUACACAACUCACAUGGACAAGGGAUUGGCACCACCGGCACAGGUUGAGCAACUUCAAAAGAUCAUCGACUACAAUCACUCAAUCACAACGUUCCUCAAGGAGGCAGUGUCACAACUCGAGAGUGAGCAGACCAAUGGCUACAGUCUACAAGUACAGAUGAAGGCAAAGAUGCAAGAGAUACUAGAUCAGAACAAGACCAGUGCAAGAGUAUCAGCUCAUAGUAAUUCUUUGUUAAAGAGGACAAAUCAAAUGGCCUCUGAAUUGACAAAGAAGAAUGAACACUUCAAGAUGAAUAUUAAGAGAUUGGAAGAUUAUUUAUUGACAAAGGAUAAGGAUGACUGCGCCAAGAAGUUGGCAAGCGUCGUGUACAAGCACAAGAUAUCAUUCGAGAACCUGUUGAACCCAACACUGGCAGCACCUGUAGUCUAUCAGCUGGGCUCAAAGGUGUGGAAGAAGGGACAGGAGAAAAAGGCAUUGGGUACACUCAAGGACAGCUUCUUGUUCUUGUUCAAGAAUGACAAGUCCAAAGAGCCACUGGACGUUGUGUAUCUCAACGACAAAAAGUCAAUCAGUGUCUCUAGCUCAAUGUCCGACUCGUCCAAGAAGAAGUCAUUCUACAUCUCCAUUGGUACAAGCAUCACUGGUGAGGCAGAGCUCACUACAGAUGUGCCGCAGGGUGUGGCCACAGCACCAUCAACUGGUGCCCCCACUUCAUCCUCUGCCACCGCCACCACUGCCGCUGGUGCCGCCGCUACCAAGGAGUCCACUUUGUGGUGUAUAUUAGCAUUUGAGAACCAGAAGGAUAUGGAAGCAUGGUAUGGAGUGCUCGAGGCCUCUAUCCCAUGGUACGAGAGGAAGCCCAACGAGAUAUCAAAGCCAAAGGGAUUGGUCGACGCAAAGAAACAUCAGAAACAGAAGUCUGUCGAUCGAUCAGUCAACGAGACAUGGCGCAACACUAGCAGUGGCAUGAAGGCUGCACCAUUCCCAGGAGUGUUUGGUAUCAAGUUGGAGGAUGUGAUGGCGCGCGAGAACCCCAACUCUGAGAUACCAUCGUUUGUCACAAAGAUGGUCAACUUCCUCGAGCGCAACAUACAAGAGGAGGGCAUCCUCCGUAUCAGUGGCAGCACGACAGAGAUACAAGAGAUGAGAGCCACCCUUCAAAAGGGCGACAACAUCGACUACAAGGUGGCGCACCGCGAUCCAAAUGCCGUAGCCGGUCUCCUCAAGCUCUACCUUCGUGAGCUGCCCGACAACCUGGUGCCCAUGAACCUAAGGAUCAUGUCAGCCGAGAUCAUUGGCGACCGUAGCGUCUCUGAUGAUGAUCGUGUUGCUCGCGUCGUCGAGCUCUUCAAGCAGUUGCCAAAGCACGAGCUCAACCUGUUGAAGCAUAUGAUCCGAUUUGCCAAGCGAGUGGUCGAGCAGAGCGAUCUCAACAAGAUGGUUCUGGUCAACGUGACCACAUGCUUUGCACAAUCACUCAAGGGUCUGAUUCCAGGUCUCUUUGCCUUUUGUGUACAACACUAUGAGGCAGUAUUUGUAACACCAUACGUUGGCCUAGGUACAUCAGCCACAGGCCAGUCCAAGUAA